AUGAGUCGACAAACACCACGAAAGGCUCGCCAUAGCCGUCAGCCUUCAAACCGUAUCCCCGCCGUUUCAGAUUAUGAAUCCGAUGCCGCUGCCAUACAUGCUGAUUACGCGCCACCACCUCCACGCACAAACACCGAGCUUAAUCUCUCUGUCCUCCAACGCUACCUCCCCUCCAUCCACACCAUUCUCAGCAUAGCCGCCAACGCUGUCAUCUACACAUUCAACAGCGCUUCAGAAAGCUGGGAGAAGUCAGGAGUCGAAGGCACCAUGUUUGUCUGCGCGCAGAGUCCGCUCCCCGAGGAUCCAGGCCAGCGACCACGAGCUUGCGUGUUUGUACUCAACAGACGAGGGCUUGACAACGUGAUCGUGGACCUUUCACGGGUCACACAUGCAGAGGUGUCUGGAGAGCUCGUCAUUAUGAAGGUCGAGGGCGAAUGGCAGGAGGGUGACAAGGUGUCGUCCAAGAUGCGUCAGAAACCUGAGGUUGAGGAAUCGAAGAUCGAGAGAUCUAAGGAGUCACAAAGAUCCGAGGUCUCGAUGAGGUCUGAGGUCUCAGUCAGAUCUGGGGGUUCAGUGGUGUCGAAAACGCCCGAAAAGCGAGGGAAGCCAUCUAAACCUAUGGAAGGAGAGGUACCUGAGGACUCCGAUGCAGAGAAAAGCGAAUCUGAGAAGUCGGAGCCAGAUGAGUUGGAGCGGGUGAAAUCGGUGUCUGAUAUUCCAAAGUCUGAGAAGUCAGAGUCUCCGGGAUCAGAGUCCGAAGUUGACACAGAGUAGAGCUUCCACAAUACAGGGAACUACUUUUCAGUUUUGGGGAACAUGGGAAUGUAAUCAACCACUUCAGCAUUGACAUGGUCACGGGCUAGAGCAGCCCCAAUAGUUAGUACUUGCACAGUUUUCGCCCCAAAAGGCAGGGCACAAAAGCCCAAUA